GGAGUUAAGAUAGCAAGCAGAGCGAUAUUCACAACGAAAGCGGUGAUGUUUGGGAGGUUGGAGACACUGCCGUGAACUGUUUGGCACCGCCACGGACGUGUGACAAGAAUUAAGUUAAUUUUAUACCUUUAUUGAAUUUUUCCAUGUCGCUGCUGAGCCGCAUAGGCUUGAGUGUUUUGCAUGAAUCGAUCUCGUUAUCAUUCAGGACCAUAUGUUGAGACAACCGAGAGAAGGAAAAGAAACAACAGUUUCGGAGGGUGUCUGGACCGGAGGACGAAGCGGCUAGCUAAUAGUAACUCACAGCUGUGGUGCCAAGAGGGAUAUGCACACGCAAAGUGACAUCGCUUACUAAUAGGACACGGAACAGAGGAUAAUCUGGCCAAGGAUAGCUUUGUCAAUCUCCUGGCGUCGAGAAGAAGAUAAAUUAGUUGUCUUGGUGCGAAGAUAACGCCUAACUACGGCGACGGUGGCCAGUACUGUCGCCUCAAAAUAGAAAGAAAACAAAACAACCGUCCAGUGUUUUGAGGAUGAACCACUUAUCCCUCAGCGAGCUAUGUUGCCUGUUCUGCUGUCCACCGUGCCCCAGCAAGAUCGCCUCUAAGCUGGCCUUCCUGCCCCCAGAGCCCACCUACAGCCUCAUGUGUGAUGAGAGCGGCAGCCGAUGGACGCUGCACCUCUCUGAGCGGGCCGACUGGCAGUACUCUUCCCGUGAGAAGGACGCCAUUGAGUGUUUCAUGACACGUACGUCAAGAGGGAACCGCAUUGCCUGCAUGUUUGUCCGCUGCUCGCCCAACGCCCGCUACACACUAUUAUUCUCCCAUGGAAAUGCAGUGGACUUGGGCCAGAUGAGCAGCUUCUACAUUGGCCUUGGAUCACGUAUCAACUGCAACGUCUUCUCUUACGACUACUCGGGUUACGGGGCCAGUUCUGGGAAACCCUCUGAGAAGAACCUGUACGCUGAUGUAGACGCUGCCUGGCAGGCACUCCGGUCACGAUAUGGGAUUCGGCCAGAGAAUGUGAUCGUGUAUGGCCAGAGCAUUGGCACCGUGCCCUCUGUGGACCUGGCUUCUCGCUAUGAGAGCGCUGCUGUCAUCCUGCACUCCCCGCUCACGUCAGGCAUGAGAGUGGCCUUCCCCGACACCAAGAAGACCUACUGCUUUGACGCCUUCCCCAACAUCGACAAGAUUUCGAAGGUAACGUCACCGGUCCUGGUGAUCCACGGUACGGAGGACGAGGUCAUUGACUUCUCCCAUGGCCUGGCGCUGUAUGAACGCUGUCAGCGUCCCGUGGAGCCGCUCUGGGUCGAGGGGGCCGGACACAACGAUGUGGAGCUCUAUGGACAAUACCUGGAGAGACUCAAACAGUUCGUUGCACAUGAGCUGGUCAAUUUGUAGAGGAGCUGCGGGGGUGGGGGGGCACGGAGAGGGAAGAAGAGAAGAAAGCAGUGGUUUUCAGGAGAGGUUGAAUGAUGGAGAACAACUUAAUCUUUUUUUUCUUGUGAAGUGAUGCAGGUAGAAAGUGGUGUUUGUCUGUUCAGUGCUGACGUUUUGGUGGCAGGCUUCUCUCGUUGUGGAGCACCUCUCCCCCUCCACACCACCCAUCCUUCGCCUCGGCCGUCCGCUCCACACGCUGCAGCUGUGAACUUUAAAGUACCCGUGGUUUUGUUUUGCUUUCAGGUUUUCUUUUUAUCAUGUUGAAAAUUGCACAUUGUGAAAGUGGGCGGAUGAAAGAGGAAUUAGACAAAUGCACAGAAAACAUACCUUACGUGCAAGCAGUAUACCUGAGAGUGUGUGAGUGUGUCACAUUUUUGCUGCCUUUUGACGUGGUCCAUGGUACCAAACGGAGACCUCUGGUCAGAUCCUGAAGCUUUUGAGAAACAGCCUUCCUACAAACUGGACCAGAGGUGGACCAGACUUUCUCUAAUCCACCUGAUCUCCAUAUGACUUUGAGGUCAGGUUUGGUCCCUCACACUGCAGUCACCAUGAAUCUUUUUUUUUCUUUUUUGAUUACUGUUUAUUAUAUUUUUUAUAUUAUACAUGAUAUUUGCACGAAUCAGCUGUCACUGAAGAACUAUACAAGAAAAACUGACAUAUUAUCUAGCUGUGCCAGUGUUGCCAAAUGUUUAGUACAAUAUAUUGCAGAGACUUAGACAAAGAACAGAAAGAACACUGUACUACAAAUAACAUCUAGGAACAUCUCCAAAGCUCUGUUAGCUGUAUUUAUUCUCUAAUUCUCAGUUUAGUCUUAAAAUGGUACAACUUAAUGUUACAAUCGAAGAGAAUAUGAUGCAAGAUGGGGAUCAGUCAGCAGUUCAGGCAGUUCCAGCAGUGCCGGUUUAAAAGGCUGGGCCUGUGCAUCGUUUGAUCCUGACCUUGACAAAGGUGUGGAUUAUUUCUUCACAAUAUGUCUUUUGAAAAUGUUAAAAUGUUUCCCCAGCUCUUGCUUCAGAGUUCACCUCUUAAGUAUUCUUGCUGUUGAGAUCAGUAUCACAGAGCUGCAGUCAGUGAAAUGCUGGGACAAAAUACCUGGCGCCUCUUUGGAGGUGACAGGUGUUCAGCUCGGUACAGCGACUCUUUGGAUCCCAGUGCUGACAGUGUUUUCUUCUGUCUUUGGGUGUGACGAUGUCAAGUUAAAUAAUGUAGUUAGUUGUUGCAGAUCUCCUUAUGUACCUGAAUCAGAUCUUUCUAGAUGCAUCUUUUUAUACAUGAUACAAAUUAAACUACUGUGACAGCAGCUGACGGUCUGUGCUCUGAUGAGGACUUAUACCACUAAUGCCAAUCUGGACUGAAUGGAGACAUUAUUAACACAGCUGAUGUCGACUCAUUUUCAGUUCGGGAAGUUGUAGAGACAAAAAGUGAAGAUGUUGUAUUUUUUUAAGUUAUUGAGAAGCAUUUACUCCAGUACAUUUGAGCUGAAGAAUGACUCCAGCCUUCUUAGUACGUGCGCUGGGACUGUGGGUUUUGUUGGCGUUAAGUGGCUCAGCAUUAAAGGCCUCCAUCACGGACAGAUUGUUUUGGUUUUAUUAUAUCUUUUUUCCUGCAUGGUAUUUUUAGAUCCAUUGUUGUCUGUUGAUUUGCCCUUUAAUGCUGAGUGAGGCAAAACAAAACAUUAGCCGACUGAUGACUCCAUUAAGGCACUGUUGGAGCCCUGGAAAGCAAAUGUCAAAGUGCUACUGCAUGCCAUGAAUGGCUACUUUCUCUUAUGUUUUAUGCCUGUAUAACGAACACAGAAACAAAUAAGAAAUCUCAAUGACUCAUUUUCUUGUGGGCAUUUUUAAUGCCCGUAUUACACUUGAGCCUGUGUUCACAAAAGGGGUCAAAUACUGUUGGUAAGUAACAAUUAACCAAUAAGCCAAUAGGUGCUACUGUAAACUUUCAGGUUGAGAGGAAGCAACGACACCUUGAACUGACCAAGAUCCAGAUCAGGACUGGUAGCUGUUUGGCAGGUGAUGGUCUAUUAUGAAAAACAACAUUUUUUUUUUCCACAACUCAUUUGUCUUACAAAACAAGGUUUGCUUUGUUUCAUUUUCACUUUGUAAAUAAUAUUUGUACCAAUUUCAUGUACUGUUGUCAUUUUUUCUUUUACAAGCUUUUGUCAUCAUCUCUCAGCUCUCACUUCUCUACAUCUUGAUAUGACAGCUGUUGGACCACGGUAGACCAUCGUCUUGUCUUUUCAGAUGAUCUUUGUACCAUUCACUUUGACUAAUGUCAUCUCUCUGAUUUGAUUAGAUUCAUUUUGUAUAGCAUAUUUCAAUACAGAAGAAACUUAUAUGUAAUAACAAUAUUAAUAUAGUAAUUCUAACAUGGAUAGAGAAAAUAAAAUGGUAUUUGAGAAGCAA